UGACAUUCGUCAUAGUGGAAGUGAGCGCUGUGAUCGGGGGUAACGCGAGGCUGCUGAUAUGGCGGACCCGGCGGCACAGACCUCCGCUCAGCCCCGGCUUCAACAAGCACAGUCCAGCGGGCCAGCAGGCUCCAACUCGAACCCCGCAGCCGGGAGCAGCGACCCGGCCCGACCGGGCCUGAGUCAACAGCAGUGGUCCACCCAAAAGAAAGCGCAGGUCCGCGCGUUUCCGAGGGCAAAAAAGCUUGAGAAACUCGGAGUGUUUUCUUCCUGCAAGGCUAAUGAUUCUUGCAAGUGUAAUGGGUGGAAAAACCCAAAUCCACCGACCGCUGCUCGCAUGGAGCUCCAGCAGCAUGCAGCCAGUCUGACAGAGGUCUGUCGAAGCUGUGGUCACUCUUUGGCGGAACAUGUGUCUCAUCUGGAGAACGUGUCUGAAGAGGAGAUCAACAGGCUGUUGGGGAUGGUGGUGGACGUGGAGAAUCUUUUCAUGUCAGUCCAUAAAGAAGAAGAUACGGACACCAAGCAGGUCUACUUUUAUUUGUUUAAGUUGCUGAGGAAGUGUAUCCUCCAGAUGGGGAAGCCAGUAGUGGAAGGAUCUCUUGGUAGUCCUCCCUUUGAAAAACCCAAUAUAGAACAGGGGGUGUUGAACUUUGUUCAGUAUAAGUUUAGUCAUUUGGCUCCUAAGGAAAGGCAGACAAUGUAUGAGCUCAGUAAGAUGUUUCUGCUCUGUCUCAACUACUGGAAGCUAGAGACCCCGACACAAUUUCGUCAGAGAGCUCAGAAAGAGGAUGGAGCCACUUACAAAGUGGAUUAUACCAGGUGGCUAUGUUACUGUCAUGUUCCUCAGAGUAACGACAGUUUACCGCGGUACGAGACGUGUCAGGUGUUCGGUCGCAGUCUGCUGAAGUCCAUUUUCACUGUUACACGCAGACAGUUAUUGGAGAAGUUCAGAGUGGAGAAAGACAAACUGCCACCAGAGAAGCGAACACUGAUCCUUACACACUUCCCCAAGUUUCUCUCUAUGUUGGAGGAAGAGAUCUAUGGAGAGAACUCACCCAUUUGGGAGGCGGAUUUCACCAUGCCGGCUUCAGAAGGGACACAGCUGGGCCAUCAGACGGUGCUGAGUCCUGUGGCAGUGUCUGGUUCUCCUCUUAGUAAAUGCAGCAGUGGUUCUGCUCUAGGGUCAGGUUUGGACUCAACCUCCUCUGAACCUAUAACAGGAGAGAAGCGCAAACUCCCAGAACCUUUGACUCUGGAGGAUGCAAAGCGGAUUCGAGUGAUGGGUGAUAUUCCCAUGGAGCUAGUCAAUGAAGUCAUGAAAACCAUAACAGACCCUGCUGCCAUGCUGGGGCCAGAGACUAGUCUGUUGUCAGCCAACGCUGCUCGUGAUGAAACGGCCCGUCUGGAGGAGAGGCGAGGCAUCAUUGAGUUCCAUGUGAUUGGUAACUCUCUCUCUCAGAAGUCCAAUAAGAAGAUUCUAAUGUGGCUCGUGGGCCUACAGAAUGUUUUCUCCCACCAACUUCCCCGCAUGCCCAAAGAGUACAUCACACGCCUUGUAUUUGACCCGAAGCACAAGACUUUGGCUCUGAUUAAAGAUGGACGCGUGAUAGGAGGAAUCUGCUUCAGGAUGUUCCCCACUCAGGGAUUCACAGAGAUUGUCUUCUGUGCAGUCACUUCAAAUGAGCAGGUCAAGGGCUAUGGCACACAUUUGAUGAAUCAUCUUAAGGAGUAUCACAUUAAACAUGGCAUCCUGUACUUUCUCACCUAUGCUGAUGAAUACGCCAUUGGCUAUUUUAAGAAACAGGGCUUCUCCAAAGACAUCAAAGUGCCAAAGAGCCGAUACCUUGGUUACAUCAAAGACUACGAGGGAGCCACGCUGAUGGAGUGCGAGCUCAAUCCCAGAAUUCCCUACACUGAACUCUCACACAUCAUAAAGAGGCAGAAAGAAAUAAUCAAAAAACUCAUCGAGAGGAAACAGAAUCAGAUCAGAAAAGUUUAUCCUGGACUCACCUGCUUUAAAGAGGGAGUGCGACAGAUUCCUGUGGAGAGUAUACCAGGCAUCAGAGAGACUGGUUGGAAACCCAGCGCUAAGGAGAAAAGUAAGGAACUGAAAGAUCCAGACCUGCUCUACAAUAUGCUCAAGAAUCUGCUUGCGCAGAUUAAAACACAUCCUGAUGCCUGGCCCUUCAUGGAGCCUGUGAAGAAAUCUGAGGCCCCUGACUAUUAUGAGGUCAUUCGCUUUCCCAUUGACCUGAAAACCAUGACGGAGCGUCUAAAGAACCGAUAUUAUGUGACGAAAAAGCUGUUUGUCGCCGACCUGCAGAGAGUGAUCACAAACUGCAGAGAGUACAACCCUCCAGACAGCGAGUACUGCAAGUGUGCCAACACGCUGGAGAAAUUUUUCUACUUUAAACUGAAAGAGGCUUUUUGAAAAGGGACAGGCCAUUGAACCAGUAAUUAAUAAGGGACCAGUUAGAAACCAUAGAGAAUGUGUUUUUAAGCACACGUACACGCAUAUAAACAUGUCUACACAUCCAAACCUGUUAAAUGUGCUGCUUUCAAUUUUUUUGAUGUUCCUUCCCUACAGUAAUGUUUUAAACUCAAGGUUAUGUUUGUGUGUGCGGUUAGCCUAUGCAGUGCCAGUGCUUUAAGGGAAAAUAGAAAAUGAAAGCGUAUUCAAUGUGGGUGUUUGCUUAGAAUUCACUGUAGCCAAGUCUUUUCAAAUACUGAUGACUCAUUCACAUCACGAGUUUUUGCUUUCGCUCUACAUAUACAUUUUGUUAUGUAACAAAGAUCUCGCUCUCCCCUUCCUGAGAUGCUGCAGCCAAAACAGAUGAUGUUUGGCUUUUGGUGAUGACGUGUCACUGUCAUGCCUCUAUUCUCAGCCAAUGCUGUUUGUGUUAUACAGCAAAUUAGUCAUAUACAGGAUACGCCCAUUCAGUAAGUCUGAAAAUAUUUCCUUACGUUUUUUUCCUUCCAACUUGAAUUGGAAGCUCCAGUCUUUGUUGCUAUUUCUGAUUAAAGUGUUUGAUGGCUUGUUCCAUGACAGAUGGGUUUUAAAACAACAAUAGUCGGUACUUUUUCCCUCUUGGGCAGUUUGCUUUUGUCUGAUUGGCAUUGGUAAAGUGUUUUUUUUUUUUUUUUUUUUUUUGCUGACCAAUAUUUUUUUUCAUAGCUUUCACAAGCAUUUCUGUGGUUCUGAAUUUAUAAAGUUUUUUUGUAUUUUAUUUUUGUAACUACUAUACAACAAAUUUGGGACCAGGAAAAAAUUGAAACUGGUUCCAAUUCAUUUACAACUUUCUCAAGCAUUAUGGAGAAAAGUCCUAAAUUCAAAAGUUAUUGAUCCAUAAUUAACAGUAGUAUUAUAAACAUACAGUAUCUGCUACUAUACUCAGUGGACAGUCACACAAACCUCUAUAGCCAAAUGUGUAUGUAUUUUUCUAAUACUGCAUGUUUUCUGCAAGUUUACCGUUCACACAUACAGGUUGUAUGGGUUUUUUAUUCACUCUUGUAAUGGCCGUAUACUUGAAUUAUGACUUUGAGAAACUGCUGCAUUGUUGAUGUUCUAUCAGGGUUCUGUAUUUUUGUUUGAUGUUCAUUGUAAACUGUUUUAACACUGACACCUCUCAAUAAAAGGACAGACUGUUGUGCUUGCAAUGACUUGGCUGUGGAAUAUGCAUGUAAAUUGCUUUAGUUCAAUGUAUUAUAGGUCAUUUUUUGGAAAUAAACUUUUUUUAUCUA